AUGGUUAUUAUCGUAGUCACUAUAUUAGUCGUAGUAAUUAGUAUUUUACUUCAAUAUUUCUUUUCGUUAUUUGAAAUUUUAUUUAAAAAACCAUUACCACCCAAAGGUGCUGUCGAAAUCGAUUCAAAAGAACAUGUUUAUGCACAUCCUGAUUUUGCAGACCAUUUGCAAGAUCCGAAAACAUUUGAAGUACAAACAAUCUAUGAGGGUUAUUUACAUGGUGUCAAGAUAGGUGGUGAUCGUCCACAAUUUUCAUAUCGGCAAUCAUCUGGCGAACCGUUCAAAUCCUAUUCGUACAACCAAGUCAACAAAAUGAUUCAAGAAAUCGGUAGUGGAAUAAUUAAUACUGGUCUUAAACCAGAAAACGACACCUUUUUCGGUAUUUAUGGAUCGUGCACGGUGAACUAUGCACUGUGUCUCUAUUCUGCUUGGCCGUACUCCAUGGUUCCCAUUGGUAUCUAUGACUCACUUGGUCGUGAUGGUGUUCGAUUUAUUAUCAAACAAAGUGAGGUCAAGUUGAUCUUUGCUGAUGAUCUUCAACGUAUGAAAAAUUUGAUCGAAUGGAAAGAUGAUACAUUAGCAUUAAAAACAAUCGUGUGUUUCGUUGAGCCAACAGAGGCAUUGAUUAGUCAAGCAAAAGAGAAAAAUCUAGAUAUAAUUUCAUUCGAAAAUCUCAAAGAAAACGGAAGAAACCGUCUCGUUCCGAUUGUACCACCAAAACCUAGUGAUACAGCGAUGAUUAUGUACACAAGUGGCAGCACCGGGGAACCUAAAGGUUGUAUUGUCACUCAUGAAAACUUCGUUUAUGCUAUGUAUGGAAUCGCAUCGGCUCUUGACAUAUUGCAAGUAACUGAGACGCCACGAGUUAUGAAUUACCUACCAUUAGCGCAUCUAUUUGGAUGUGGGACAAUCAUUUCUAUUAGUUACUUAGGAGGCGAAAUUGGCUUUUGGCAAGGCAAAGUAGAUAAAUUGGCUGAUGAUUUCCGAGACUUCAAACCAACGAUUGUUACAAUGGUGCCACGUCUGUUAAAUAAGCUCUACGAUAAAGUUCGGCUGGAAUUACGCAAGAAAGGUCUUCUAGGACGAUUUCUGUUUCACUUAGCUGUUCGAAGUAAAUUAGCAUUAAUUCGGCGAGGAAAAUUUUCUCAGGACACUCUGUGGGACAAGUUAAUUUUUGAAAAAGUUCGUCAAGGCUUUGGCGGCCGAGUCAAUCGUGUUAUUUCCUCAAGUGCGCCUCUCUCACCUGAAGUGUGCCGAUUCUCUCGUGCGGCUUUCUCUUGUUUUUUCGUUGAAAGUUAUGGUCAAACAGAAUGUGUUAUCGGUUGCUCACAGACUGUUCAUGAUAUUGAAUCCGGCGAAACUGGUAUUCCCACAUCACUGAACCAUGUCAAACUGGUCGAUGUUCCAGAAAAGAAUUACUAUGCCAAAGACGGUGUUGGCGAAAUCUGUCUUCGAAGCAAAGCCGUCUUUAAAGGUUACUUGAAGGAAGAGGCUAAGACUCGUGAAGCCAUUGAUGAACAAGGUUGGCUACACACAGGCGAUAUCGGACGAUGGACACCACACAAAACCAUGAAGAUCGUCGAUCGAAAGAAAAACAUGUACAAAGUCAGUCAUAAAGCUCAUGGUGCAGGAGCUUUGGGUAUCUUUCUAUAUGAAUGGGUACACGAACGGUUUUAUCGACCUGAUUAUACAUAUGAAUUUAAAGAUGACGCCUUGAUUCGUUCCUUGAAUCCCUGGUUAAUUCAGGUUGAACGGUUCGGCUUACCAUUUUGGUUAAUCAUUGCAGCUGUUGGUGCAACUUUAUUCACAACAAUACUGAGCUGUUGCUUCUGCUGCGGAUUGCAAUCGGAAAAAUCGAAAUUGCGUUUUCAUGUGGAUAAUGAUGUUUAUGAGAUUGUUCAAAUGACACCGUAUGAUGAGUGA